AUGUCCUUCAAGUCAGCUAUUAGCCGGCUGGAAAAAUUACCAUUAAUACAAAAGCAGUAUAAUGCGUUCACCCACUUGAAUCCAAACUGCAAAGAGCUGCUGAUCAAAGACGUUUCAAGCAGUCCCAAAAAAUCACUAACAAAUCUUCUAUAUGGAAUAAAAGAUAAUAUUGCAACGAGCGACAUGCCCACCUCUUGCGGGUCCAAGGUGCUACAUAACUAUCAGUCUCCUUUCGACGCUACAAUCGUUGAGCUUCUGGAGAGCGCAGGGGCGAUUAGCGUUGGGAAAACCAACCUAGAUGAAUUUGGUAUGGGAUCAGGAGGUUUGUUCUCUCAUUUUGGGCCUACAAAGAAUCCUCUUUUUCCAUUUCAGGAUACAGUUGUUGGAGGCUCUUCUUCCGGAUCUGCUGCUGCGGUGGCCGCGGACGCGGUUGACUUUUCUAUAGGAACCGAUACAGGGGGUUCUGUUAGGCUCCCUGCCGCUUAUACAUCACUCUUUGGCUUCAAGCCAUCAUAUGGGCGUAUUUCCAGGUUCGGGGUUAUAGCUUACGCCCAAAGCAUGGAUACUGUUGGAAUAUUUUCAAAGAACGUAAGCAUUAUUAAAAGCGUGUUUGAUGUUCUGGACAAGCAUGAUAAGAAGGAUCCCACAUCUUUGAGUGAAAACCUACGAGGGAAAUUGAGACAACUAAGCUCUCCUCAAUCUUCUUAUAAAAUUGGCAUUCCACAGGAGCUCUUGCAGGAUAAUAUGCCACUAGAACUUCAAGACGGCUUUCUUUUAGCACUAGAAAAGCUAGAAGCCAAUGGGCAUGAAAUAUACGGUGUUUCUAUUCCACAAAUGGUGAAUUCACUACCUAUUUACUAUACAUUAGCACCCGCCGAAGCUGCGUCAAACCUAGCGAGGUUUGACGGGCUGCGAUAUGGAUACAGAGAUGAUGUUGCGGACUCCAGGGAUGAUACCCUAUUUGCACCCACAAGAAGCGCUUUUGGCGAUGAAGUUAAAAGCAGAAUAGUUUUAGGGAACUACAAUUUGUGCUCUGAGUCUUUCAACAAUCAUUAUAUCAAAGCGCAAAGGUUGCGAGUUGAUUUAAUAAAUGAGUUCGACAACACCUUUACUCACCCUAACAUUCUCACUGGAUUCCCUGGCAACCAAAACGGGGUCGAUUUUCUGAUAUCCUUUUCUUCCAUAAAUUUGCCUCCAGCUAUGUCCGAUUAUGAUUCAGAUUGUACAAGCAAUCCAACAAAUUCUUAUGUUAACGACGUUUUCACCACGCCAAUGUCGCUAGCAGGCCUUCCAGCAAUCAAUGUGCCGGUUAUGGCAUCUAAUCCAAUAGGCAUCCAACUUGUUGGCCAAUAUGGAGAUGACUCGAGGCUGCUCGAUUUGGCAGCAGAGCUCUUGUAG